AUGGUGGCUGACUUUUUGCGGGCUUCAGGCGAUAACCCAGCCCUCCUCUCCACGCCCCUCGAUAUCACCGAGGUGAUCUACGGGCGGCUGGACUUUGGCUCCUUUGUGCGAGACGCCUUCACGCCCGGUUUCAUACUCUUCCCCGCCUACUUCACUACGGCGGCCGUCACGGCGUUGGCACUGCUCAACGAACGCGAGGACGGCCUCCUGGAGCGCUCCCUGGUGGCAGGAGUUCGGCCGCUGGAGGUCUUCUUCUCGCAGGUGAUCACCCAGGCGGCGGUGCUGGUGGCCCAGCAGGCGGUCCUCUUCACUACCGUUUUUCUGCUGUUUGGGGUAGUUAGCCAGGGGCCGAUUGGUCUGAUCUUUCUGCUGUGUUAUCUGCAGGGCGUGGCCGGCAUCAUGUUCGGCCUGGUGGCCGCCACCCUCGGCAAGGAGGUAAUUCCCGUGUCGAUUGUCACUCUGGGCAGCUUUCUCCCCUGCAUCAUUCUAAGUGGCUUCUUCUGGCCGGUCUCUGCCGUCGUCUGGUGGCUUCGGCCGGUGUCGCUGGCCAUGCCGCAAACGAUGGCCAUGGAGGCGAUGAAGGCGAUUCUGACUCGAGGUUGGUCAGCUGAUGCCUGGGAGGUGCAGCUUGGAUUCGUUUCUACUAUUGCCUGGGUGGUUGG